GAAAAAGAAGGAAAUAAAAUCGGAAAUAGAUAAUUGAAAUUCUAAAUCCCAAUCCGUCCGCUCUCGUUUCCUUCAUUUCUUGCCGUUUACAGAAAUCAACCGAAUUCGCCGAACCAACCAACCCCCAUUUUUAAAAGUCUAUCAUUGGAUCUAGGCCGGGAUUCUUUUCCUUCUUCCUGCAUCCUUAGUUGCAUCUCUAGUCCCUGGAGCUGCACAACACAUUUACUUAAUAACAUAGAAAACAAAAAUCAGUCGAAGAAGUUUUGAUCCAUUCUAUGGUUCUUUAUCCCUCACAAUUACCGAGGAUUUCUCAUUUAUCUGUUUUCUUUUGUCUUUGUUUCGAUUGCCAAGAGUUCGUGCAUAUUUGAAUUUUUAUUCCGAAGCUCUGUCCGAAACCUCCAAUCAAGAUAUUCUUCGAGGAAGCAGUUCAAUUUAGGGUUUCAUAUCUCUCUCCAGUGAGAGAUCUGUAGUAGUUGUUCUUACUUGAAUUUCUUUAUAUCUAAUGGGGAAGGUGGUUGUUGGAGCUGCGGUGAUAUGUGCUGCUACUGUUUGCGCGGCGGCAGCUCUUAUCGUUCGCCAUCGGAUGCGAUGCUCAGGCCGUUGGGCUCGGGCGAUGGCUAUCCUUAGGGAAUUUGAAGAGAAGUGUGCGACACCGAUUGGGAAGCUCAGACAAGUGGCUGACGCCAUGACAGUCGAGAUGCAUGCUGGUCUUGCGUCAGAGGGAGGGAGUAAGCUCAAGAUGCUUAUCAGCUAUGUUGACAACCUCCCUACAGGGAAUGAGAGAGGAUUAUUUUAUGCAUUGGACCUUGGUGGAACAAACUUCCGUGUAUUGCGUGUACAGUUGGGUGGGAAGGAUGGACGUGUUGUCAAUCAAGAAUUUGCUGAGGUGUCAAUUCCUCCACAUUUGAUGACUGGGGGUUCAGAAGAGCUGUUCGAUUACAUUGCUGCAGAGCUUGCAAAGUUUGUUAAAACUGAAGGUGAAGAUUUUCAUCUUUCUCCUGGCAGGCAGAGGGAACUGGGUUUUACCUUCUCAUUUCCAGUGAGGCAAUUAUCAAUCACAUCAGGGACCCUUAUUAAGUGGACAAAAGGCUUCAGUAUUGAGGAUGUGGUUGGCCAAGACGUGGUUCUAGAGCUGACUAAGGCCUUGGAAAAACAAGGUCUUGAUAUGCGUGUCGCAGCUCUGGUCAAUGACACAAUUGGAACACUAGCAGGAGGUAGGUACUUGAACAAUGAUGUUAUUGCUGCUGUAAUAUUGGGUACCGGUACCAAUGCAGCAUAUGUAGAAUGUGCAAAUGCAAUUCCCAAGUGGCAUGGACUUCUACCUAAGUCGGGGGAGAUGGUUAUUAACAUGGAGUGGGGUAAUUUCCGAUCUUCACAUCUUCCUAUAACAGAGUAUGAUCAUGCAUUGGAUGUAGAGAGUUUAAACCCCGGUGAACAGAUAUUUGAGAAGAUAAUCUCUGGAAUGUACUUGGGAGAUAUUGUACGUAGAGUCUUAUUGAGUAUGGCUGAGGAGGCUGCCUUUUUUGGUGACACUGUUCCACCACAGCUUAAAGUUCCAUUUAUAUUGAGGACACCUGACAUGUCUGCCAUGCAUCAUGACACGUCUCCAGAUCUCAAGGUGGUGGGGAACAAAUUGAAGGAUAUCCUAGGGAUACCUAAUACUUCCUUGAAAACAAGAAAGGCCGUUGUUGAGCUCUGUAACAUUGUUGCCACUCGUGGAGCCCGUCUUUCUGCAGCAGGGAUCUUGGGCAUUCUAAAGAAAUUGGGAAGAGAUGUUGUAAAGGAGGGGGAGAAGCAGAGGACAGUGCUAGCCAUGGAUGGUGGGUUGUAUGAGCAUUACACAGAGUUCAGAGUGUGCCUAGAAAGCACUCUCAAGGAGUUGCUGGGAGAGGAAGUUUCGGCUAAUGUUUCUGUUGAACAUUCCAAUGAUGGCUCCGGUAUUGGAGCUGCACUUCUUGCAGCCUCUCACUCCCAGUAUUUGGAGGUUGAGGAUUCCUGAGAAUGGUCUUCAAGGAGAGAGUAGCAAAUUGUAGAUCGCAUUUUCCCAUUUCACGUGAUCCAUUUCUUGAUGAUCAUAUUUUCCCUUUGAUUUUUUUGUUCGCAUCCUCAGAUCACUUGAGGCAUUUUCUCUUUCCCCUCUAUUUUAGAUAUUGUUACAGCAAGUCCAUUAUUUAUGGCUUUGCAGGAUAUGGUAAAGAGGUAGGGUGGAUGUCUAAAUUGCAGGACAUGGAAGUGGUGUGGUCAUUGCUUUCCCACUUCAGCCUGCGAGUUUGUUCCUAGAUGCCAUUUUAAGUUUGGGGUUGCCUUGGGGGCAAUAGUUGAAUAUAGUGUAACUAAAGUUUCUCCAGAUUUGGAGAAUAAAUGGGGAAAGAAAAUCUUGAGUUGUUAGUAGUAGUUUUCUCUGAUACAAUAAAAUAAAGCAGGACUUGUAUUAUACAACAUUCUGAAUUUCUGAUGCGUUAUGUAACCUGCUGUUGUGGUUUCCUA